CGCAUCCCCAGCUCAGUACUGUGCAGAGUUUACGUCCGUACGGACGAUCAGGAAUAUUGCAAAGAAAAAUUUGAGAAAAAAUACCCGGGUACUUAAUGAAAAAAAAAUACUCAACGCACGCACAAAAACAAAACGGUGCUGGUGCUGAAGCAAAGAGAAAGUUAACGCACGCAAUAAAAAGUAAAAGAAUUUAUAUGAAAAACGAGAUUGUGAAAGUAGUGCGAAAAGUUGUUGUAUCAAAAUCGAAUGUGCAGCAAAUAACUGGCUAAAAUUAAAUCACUUUGUUAAAGCAGCACGCAUCCGAAAAGUAUGCAUUGAUGUUUCGUUGAAUUUGGUGAAAUACGCCAACAAAGUGGGGUGUAAUAGAUAAUUACAUUUGCUGUUCCUAGUGAAAUUCUACUAAUGAGCGUUCGCUAGUACUCUAGCCGGUGAAACUUUGUGGAGUGCCUGUCCAAGUGACUGACGUGACAGCAAGUGUUGCAUACUUUUGGAGAGUCGCAUAAGAAGUUCCCAACCUUUAUUGGAUUACUUGCGUUGAGUAUCAAAUUGUGAAAGGUGCAAAGGAAAGUUUAAAAGUUCUGAGCAGGAUAAUGAAAUUUUAGAAGCUGGACGCUUUAAAGUGUACGCAAUUCUUAUAUAACCGAAACAUAUAAAUUUGAAAUUAGAAUUUUGCAACUGUUAGCAAAUGACGCAGAUAGUUGAGUUUUUGAACGUAUGUGCGCCUAGAGUUAUGCUAUACAAAGAGUGCAAUUAAAUAAGUGUAAAUUACAAUCCAUAGGCAACGUGGAAGUAUUUGUUUUUGGAAAUUGGAAAGUGAUUGCAAAGUCAAGUUACGUGCAGAGCGACAAAAAUUUAAGAGCGGAUAGCAACGGAUUUUUCAAGUAAAGUUGGCCUGGGGCGAAACAAGUCUGAUUGGUUGCGGCUUUUCUGAAUACAAAGACACAACCAAGUAAAACAAGCUGUGUGUCUGUUAUUAUGGACCUCGACUCCGCUUAAGGGAUAACCAGCCAAUGCGGGUGCAGAGUAGAGGGUAAGCGCUGCUCUAUUUAAAAUAAAAGAAAAACAACAACAACAACAAAGAGUAAGCUUCCAUACGCACAUAAAAAGUGUAAUGUGAUGGUACAUUUGCAGCAGACACCGAAAAAAAGCAACAACAAGCGCCAUUGUAACACGUCGUAAUGAUGCUGCUUUAUGGCGCAACGAGCAGGGGUGCUAACAACAAACACAAUAACAACAGCAGUUGCAGUAAAUGUAGAUGGUGCCAGAUAACAAGCAACAUUAAAAACCAGUAACAAGCACUUGACAUUUUUAAAAUGUAAUCAAGCGUCAACAAGCAAAACGCGCCUGCUACUAACAUUUUUCAUGACAUACAUUCAGGCGCACAUACAAUUUUCGUUUUUCCGUUUGCGCAUUUUACGAGCGUUUGGCGUAAGCAAAUUAACAAUAAAAUAAAGGAGAGAUAAAAAAUCAGAAACGAAAAUACAAAAACAACAACAAAAAAGCAAAAACAACAAAAAAGCAAAAACAACAAACAAACAAAUAAGCAAAUGAACAGCUGAACAGCUGCCGCAUAACAAGCAAGAAAUGUGAAAAUGCAAAUAAAAUUUAAAUAGAUAUCAACACAAGUGGACGUGAGUGAGUGAGCGCCUAAAAGUAGAUGCUACUUGGCAAGUAGACAAACCGAUUAGGCGAACUAAUUCAAUUUAUUUUUUUCUCGUCACGAAUCUGUGUAGAAUAACUGUACGUAAGAGCGUCAGUGGACAGAGUGAAAAAGUAUUGAAGAAGAAAGGAGUUCGGAAAUCGGGGGAUAGGCAAGUGGUAGUGCAAAUGAAUGCCGGCCUCUCGAAGCGGAAUUUCGUUAACUAAAAGCGUGUAUAGACCAAAAUAUCGCUUACGCGAAAAAUAGCAAGCAAAGGAAAAAAAUGUUUAGUAAUUCGUAGUGCAACUCAAGAAGUGAAACGGUGGUACGUGACAUAAAUUUAAAAAACAGAAAGGGAAUGUGCCUUUGAAUGAGCUACGCGUCGGAAUUCCCACUUCACCUGACUGCCAAACUAAACAAUAAUAAGUGACCGAGUGAACACGGAAAGAGUAAUGAGGGAGUGCAGAAGAAAAAUUAACGGUAAAACGGGUUGUUUGUGAAUUUUAAUGAUUGUGAAGUUUAACAUUCGUAAAGGAUUAUUGCAUACUUUUCAACGUAGUAAUAAAAAAAUUAAUUCAAAGUAGUGUAACAUACCUGUAGGAUAGUUAAAACACGCUUGGAACGCGUAAAUUACACAAAAAGUGAGGAGAGCAAGUGAUAAAAUGCAAUACUUUGGAAAAUGUAGCAUACUUUUGGGAAAGUAAAUGAAAACAAAAGUGAUUAAAGUAUAAAUAUCGCGCAAAAUAGAAAAAGAAAGCAUACUUGCAGGAGUGCCAGCAAUAAAAAAAUUUGCGAAAAAUUUGCAAAAAAUCUGCUAAAAGAAAUAUUGCAUAUUUGCGAGUGAACACAAAGAAAUAUAGUACAAUAUAAAUGUAGCAUACUUUGCUACUGCGCUAAGUGCCAACAAAGUAAAUGAUUGCCAAAUAUAUUGCACACAUUUACCUACAUAAAUAAAUAGCGGCUUACAGAAAAAAUUCUACGCACAUCCUUAAGCGUGCGAGUGAUACAAAUUUCUCAGAAACGAGGCAAGGCAAAGCAAAAAAAAAAACAAAAACAUUAUUAACAAAAAAACUCAAACAAGUAACUGUAUUUAUCAACAAACACAAAUACAUAAGCAAACAAGAUAUAAUAAAUCACAAUUUUAAAUAGGGAAAGUCACCACACCUUACUUUCCGCAGCAAAUGCCCGCGAGCAGUAAAAUGCGUCGAAAAGUAUGCCCCUAUGGGCGAACCAGUCUUCCGCGUCCGAGCAGCGCACACAUAGCGAGCAUGCAGCUGCUCCUCAUAAGCACCAUUCUAAUGGUCAUCGCUGACGGCAUCUCAGCUGCCUCACAACUAAAGCUGCUCAUAAACGACGAUGAGCUGCUGCUGCAGCCGCCACAGCCUGUGCAAGUUGAGGCACUCGAGCGGCAUGAGGGACAUGAGGCGGCGGAUGAUCCCGACGAACGAUUUAAUCUGUAUCGCAGCGAGCUGAAGCGACUCUCCUAUGAGACCAUACAUCGCAUUUUGCGUGACGAAAACGAGCCAAUCUAUCGGCGUGAGGAUGCCGAAUUGCGCUACUAUCAGAAGCGUUUCUACCAACCGACACACGAAGUAGUGCGUCGAGCGGCUCCAGUCGCGCAAGUGCGAGAGGAAAUCGAACAAACGCCGAUGUUGAUAAAACCCGCAGAAAACACUCUCAAACUUACGCACGCACAGCUGUUGAAUUUCGAUGCUACUCGCGACUAUCACGGCAAUCGGACCAUCAUUCAAACACUCGAUUUGAGCAACAACCAACUGCAGACGGUGAAUUUGAGCGCUUUCACGGCACUGCAGCAAGUGGAGCUCGCCAACAAUUCACUCACUGCAAUACCUCUCAGCGCGAACGCGAGCAGCGCGAUUACGACACUCAAUCUGAACGGUAAUCAAAUUGCGCAUGCGGAGGCGAUAAGCAACCCGAAUCUACGCGAAUUGCAUUUGAGUGGCAAUCGAAUCACCCGACUAGCGCAUCUCAAUCUAUCGAUGUUGAGCGCACUCGAAACACUCGAUCUGUCGUGCAAUCGCAUUGCCGAACUGGAGACGGCCUUCUUUCCACAGCGCAUGCACAAUCUGAGGCAUUUGAAUCUGGCUUACAAUCGCUUGGGCACCAUUUAUCGGGAGACUUUUUACAAUUUGCUCAGCUUGAAUACGCUGCUCUUGAGUCACAACAACAUCAGUGACAUUGAUUAUGAGACCUUUUUGGCGUUGCCGAAUCUGCAAUAUCUGGAUUUGUCCUACAAUCAGUUACGCGGCGAAGCUAUACGCGCUCUGCAGGGUAUACCGGAUUUGGUGCGCCUCUCGAUCGCCUACAACCCAGAAGUUGGCGCAGCUAUGCAGGAAUUUGUUGCUUCGUGGAGUUUGAAGGAGUUGGAUGCGAGCGGUACUGGAUUGUGUCAGAUACCGGCGGCAUUGGCGCAAUCGGUGAGGACGCUUAAGCUGACCGACAACUGGCUGAAGAUUAUCAACUGUGGUGACUUGGAUAGCUAUCCGUUGUUGCAGUACCUCGACCUUUCUCAUAGUCGCAUCGAAGAUAUCGAAGACGAUGCGCUCGGCCGGCUGGAGAUACUUGAAACACUCUUCCUCGACCACAAUCAGUUGCACAAAGUGCCCAUCAGCUUGCCCACCUCCCUGGAGCAUCUCUUUCUGCAGCAGAACGAAAUCAUGGACAUACAAGCACAAACCUUCCAAGGACUUAACAAUCUGCAAACGCUCGAUCUCUCCGGCAAUAAACUGCUUUAUUUGCCAGCGCUGCCUUUGCCCAAACUGCUGACGCUCAAUUUACGCGCGGCCGGCUUACGGGGUGUCAGCCAAGCAAUGGUGCAUACGUUGCCCCGUUUGCGUGACCUGCUGCUCGAUGAGAAUCCAAUUAAGUGCAGCGAUUUGUUGAGCAUCGCCGAGUGGGCGAGUCCGUGUAGGAUAGUGGAGCGCAGCAGUGGCGGCAAUGGCUAUAACAAUACCGAAUUGGAGAGCUUUAAUAUUGAGGGCAACAGUAUUAUGGGCGACUUGGGAGAUGAAGAGCAGCAGCGUGGCGAUAAUCGGAUUGGCAAUGGCAAGAGUGGAGGCGAACAAAUGAUUGCUAUGAGUGCAAUAGCAGACAAACUGGGUCAGCGGCAAGUGCCAGUGCAACGGGUCGGAGAUGCGGCGCUCGUGAAUAGGGAGUCGACAGAGGAAGAGUUAUCGUUGGACAUAGCAAAAAGAAUCAAACUGAAACAAAAGUUUGUGCGGAUGCACAAUUUUUUCGAAAAGUUUAAGAGUAAUUGCGGCAUGCAUGGAAAAGCGGCGGCUGCAGAGCAGACGGCGGAAGCCGUCAAACCCACAUGCACCAUAGAGUUGGAUAGCAGCAGCAGUGAGCAAGAAGAGCGCGCUGAACUGGUAGCAGCAGAUCCUAAUACCGAAACACGCGAGACAACUUUCAAUUUGCCAAACGAGAAGCGAACGCAAAGCGAAAAAUCAAACAUCGAAAUGGCAAAGUUAUCAAGUAUGCAACAAGGGGAUAUGGAUGGAAAGAAUAUGAGAAGCGUAGUAGAGAACAAUGAAGAUGGCGUAGCGCGUAGGGAGACCAAGAAGGAAGUGGAGGGCAUUGGGGCUGAGAUCAAACUUUUCAAGUUUAAUCAAAAGAAUUUUACGGCUGAAAUGGUAGGAAAUACAGAGCCAAUUACACCAACAAAAACUACAGCAACAACGCUUGCAAAGUUAGCAGCGGAAGCAACGUUUGAUUACAAGGCAAACGCCACAAAAGCGCCAGCAACAACAUUUAGCCGUGUAAGCGAGAAAGCAAAGUCAGCACAGCCAACUGGGGGGCCAACUGGGCCAGCGCAGGGCAAAGCAGUUGCAGCAACAACAAACAGACAAAUGAUAAAAUUUACCACGAUAGCAACGCCAACCAAAGCGCCGUUAGCAGCAAAAACUUUGCGGCAAGUUGCAACAGGAAGCGGUGCGGCAGCCACAGCCAAUUCAUUGAGGCAACAAAUCAGAGCGGCAACAACUGUUGCCACAAAAUAUGCAGCAGCAGAGACAACUGCGCCAGCAUCCACAAAAUCGAUAGUAGUUACAACAAAAUGGCCAACAACAACAACAAACCGCACUAAAGCCGAUGCACCUAAAACUAUGCUUGCAAACUCAACGGUGCACGAGCGACUUAGUGCAACGGCAACAACAACUACAAUAAACAGCAUUGUUGUAAGUAAUAGAGAGCAGCGGCGAGAAGAACAAAUAGCAAAUGAAACAGCAACAACAACACGCUCGAUAAAUGCUAAGUUGGCAGCCAAGUCAUCAUUAAAUAAUACCAAAGAGAUUUCCGCAUAUCAGCAGCAGCAGCAAAGCACGGAGAAUGCGCCAGAUAUAAGCCAGGGCAACGAAGCAACAACGGCAGCUACAACAAGAACAACAACAAAUGCUGAUGCUGCAACUUUAUUGCAAAUAACAAAGUACGAAGCAGCAAAAUAUGCUAGCACAGCAGGAGCUAUCGGGCAACUGGCACAGACAAUAUCGGUGGCGCAUAAAACAGACAGCAACUAUUACAUGACAGCAACAACAUCAACAGCAACACAAGCAAACUCUGAAAUAUUACCCAUAGCAGCAACUUUCUUUCAAAUAAAACGAGCUCAAGUACAGCCAAGCGCCGAAAUGGCUACUCGAGUAACUAAUGCAACAUUUAAUGUUGCUGCAACAAAGUUGAUAGGCAAAUCGAAAACAACAAGGCAGGAGAUGACGGUUAGUCCCGAACCAGCAUAUCCGAGUGAGCAUGCAAAGGGUGAGGGGAAAACACUGAAGGAAGCAGCGGCGGUGAAGGCAAAAAAUGUGACAACAACUAUAAAAGAAUCAGCACAACUGUCAGAGGCAACAAUGCAGUCUCAUUCACUGGUUCAACAGAGAGUAGAUAACAAUUUAACUCGAAAUGACAGCGACAAUGACGGCUAUAAAGUGCAGUCAAACAAACAACAGCAACACCCGCGCGCGGUAGAGGUAGCAGAAGCACAAGGAGUGACAGCAACAGCGCCAGCAAAACAAUUGGCAGGGCCAAAGGCAACACAAUUUUGGCAGCAACAUAAUUUUAAACGAGCAAAUCCGUAUCCAAACGACAUUUCCGGUCAACGGCGACAAAACGGGGCGAGCCACCAGUGGCAGCAGACAGAAGAUGAAGCCACCAGCACCACCACCACCGCCGAGCACACAAUAGACACAACAGAAGCAAUAGUAACAACAACUACAACCACAACUACACACGCGCCACCGCAUAAGCAUGAGCCGCUACAGCUGCACAUACGAAAUCGACAUUUAAUUGGAACACCGUUGCUCAUGCACCGUGGCCAAAAUAUGCUGGUGGAGGCGGCGGAGGUGCUCAGGCUAACGACUGUGACAGAAAAGCCAACAGCAACAACACACCACGUGACUACCACGAGUACUUCGAAAGCAACAAACGCAAUAUUGCAGAACGGCACUGCUUUGGCUAAAAGCCAAGCAACGGAAGCAGAACAUCAAAAGUACAGUCACCCCAACGCGGAGAUGGAGGCAAAGGUCCAUUUGCAGUUUAGUACAAAGUCUACAAAUAGCAAUAACUUCUCUAACUCAGAACGCGCAGAAGCGGAAGCAAUAAAGGUUGAGACAAAUGUGACGCCAGAGCAUAGAAUUGGCAGCGACGACCAUCAACGCCAAAACCAGCACUUCGAUAGUCGGGCAGAUAAGAAAAUGUUGGCAGGAAAUGUAGUAGCCGCAACAACAACACAAAUAGAGGUGAAAACCACAGCUGCCACUGCAACCACAACCGCAACGGACAACAUAAACACAGAACAACAUAAAGCAACAGCCAGCGAGGUGAGCAGGAUGAAUAAUGCGGAACGCAAAGCGUUGCCAAGGAAGCAUGACGAGAUUUCAGCAGGUGGCGGGGGGAGGCACAAACCCACGUUAAUUAUGAAGAAAAUGACCAUACAGACAAAACAUGCACAGCACACGCCAACAACACAGCAACAACAACUACAACACUACACACUCAAUACCCCACGUGAAAAUGAGUCUGUGUUGCGCGGACGCAGCAGCGAGGCGGUGACAGGUGGCGCGCACGCACUUCUAGGCAAAAUUUCGAGCGCGGCUAACGUUUUGCUUGAUAAUGGCAGCACGCACGACGUGCAUGCAGGCACCGAACACGCCGAACGGGCGCACAACAUGCCUAAGCAUAAGCACAGCACUGUAAAUACGCCCAUCAAAAGCGAUAGCCGCGACGAUUUGCUGACCGCAAUGGAGAGCGAGCAGUUUGAUGAGCAAGUGGCGCAGGAGAAACUGGAUGCACCCACAGCACAGCACUCGAUUAGCAGCCCGCGCCGCGAACACACACAUGCACAGGAACACGAACAAGAGCGCACCGUUUCACGCUCGCAAACGCAAAGGUGGUUGGAUGUGCGCAAGGUUGGACCCGGCACCGCGCAUCCGGGCGUGGUCAUUUUGCUCUCCUUCUCGCUACUCGCCAUACUGUUGGUCGGCCUGAUGCACGUCUAUCGCUGUGAUAUAUUGCCAUGGCGUCGCCACUUGCUGGCACAUCAGCAACGGCCGCAUCAUCAGCGCCAAUUCAAUGCCGCCACCGAUGAUGACGCGCACAGCUUCUUACAUUAUCACAACAAUGGCGGUGGUGAACAGCAGCAGCAGCAGCAGCAGCAGCAGCAACAGUGGCCGCAACAACCGCCACGCUGGCAUCAUGGCGCGCGCGCCCUGGCACCCUACAGCUCACCGCUGCACAAUUUGCACGUACGCGAAUUGCAAAAAACUUCCGCUGUAGAACUCGAGGCAGCAGCGCGCGUUACACGCAACUAUUACGACGUAAGACCGUAUGCGAAAACCGCUGCGGCGACGCGUCGCAACGGCAGUACUGCUAGCAGUACUAGCGGAGAGACUUCACGCAAUAGCAGCAGUAGCCUCAGCAGUGCACAUUCCUCCUCGACUGCGGAUGACGCUUUCUAUGUAGAAAUGGUGGCAGAGUGUGGUCACUUAGCUGGCUGCGGCAGUGCGAACGAUGCGCUACACUGUGACAUGUUGCCCAUGGAGUUGUUGGCGGUGGCGUCGUCAAGCAACCGAAAUGACGAAAAAGAUGCAGAUACAGCAGUGCAUGAGACUGUGAGUCGGCGGUUGGGUGGCGCGGAGGUGGACGAAGCCGACGGUGCGGGUGCAGCGAUAGGCGCUAAAGCCGGCAAGCAGGCAACAAAGGCGCGCGAGUAUAGUGGCAGCAGCGCGCUGAUGGCCGGUGGUUAUCGAAGUAAAAUGCGCUCAAAUUCUGCAGCUUAUGUAGCACCACCAACGUCUUCUACGCGCAAAUUUGAUUUGUGGUGACAAUCGAUGUUCCAGCGCCAAUAUGCGCCAUUUGAAUAAAUGUCAUCAAAUAGCGGUUAACGGAGGCGGUGAACUGACAGCAAGUCGGCGAAAAGUCGAAGACGAAAAAGCGAAAUACAAUAUGACAGGGGACAAGGGACAGCUUAUGAAUGGCAGUGCGAGGCAACAGCGGAAUAAAGCAUGAUGAGUGUGUAAUUUUAAUUGUGUAAGUAAGUGAAAGUAUCCAAUAAGGAAGAUAAGCAAAUAUUUAAGCAAAUAAGUAAGUUAAUAUGUUAGCCAAUGUGUUAGGGAUAGGGCGUUGUAUAGAAAUUAGUAUAGGCAAGACCUUAAGAAUUAGACGAGUUAAGCAAUUAAUGCAGAGAGAAUAGCAGAUCCAAAGCUACAUACAGAUGAUAAAUGCAUAUGUUUCAAGAAAAAAAAAAAAAUAAUAAUUUAGACAUGAAUUCGAAAAUUUUCCAAAAAAAAAUUAAAA